GUCCUUCCGUAGUACGUGAAAUGAAAGGGGUGCUAACUAGACAACCUGAAUCAACAAUCGGUGUCAUGAAUACAAUAAUAUUGUUACCAUCUGUUACAGCGACUGAAGUCAAGAAAAUCGUUGUUGCUGAUGAUAUAAUUCUCGGUACUUCCGGUAACCUUAGUUAUUAUCCUUUUACAAGUCAUCAGUUUGCGUGGAGAUAUUAA